CUGCAAGCUCUGUGUUGAGGUUAACAAGCCCGGGGAAGGAAGAGAGGGAAGAUAGCCGUGUUCUCUUCCCAUAAAACCGUUCGGGGUCGGCGAGUCUCCUUUGCUUCAGUGCAUGUCCGCUGUACCGCACCCAUAUAUCCAAAGAAUAUCGCCUACACGCGCCAGGAGAAGAGCGGCCGAGGCUUGGUAUACUAAUAGGAUCGUCCCAACGCUGGUAAAAUAUCCACUAUCUGGAGGAGAACGGCUGAGGCUGAGUACACGCAACGAUGACAAACGUGACAAACGUCCGUUAUCAGCAGUUGAAAACCAUCAUGGAGGCCCGGCACUCUCGUGGAGGGAAGAACAAGAAAAGAACAAAAAUGAGGCGGAUAUGUCCUCUGUGCAAUACAGUUAGCCUCAACGAAAAAGAAAUGGUUCUGCAUUAUUCCGGCACUCUUCACAAAUACAUGAAGCGACUAAAACGUAUUCAGUAUACUUAUACCAAGAACUUGAAAACACUGGAUGACAAGAUAAAAGCAUCGGAGGGGCAGAAUGAGCCUCUAAUUGGCCUUGAAUACAUUUACCAGUACGCUGCAGAUAAAAGAGGGAUUAUACCUUACGUAUGCAUACUGUGUGAUUGCGUUUUUAAGCUCGACACCGUUUUCUAUCAUAUUGCGGGGAUUAAGCACAGAUGUGUGUACAUGAGUAAGAAUUUUCCUACCAUGGGAAUCGACCGCAAUUUCAGGGUAAAAACCCCUUCUGACUUCAGAAAACUGCUGACUGCUGUUGAGAUCGUUGAGAAGAGCCAUGGAAGGAAACAGAUAAAUGUUUCCAACAGCUUUUUUAAUCCUAAGAAAAACGGAGGCUUGAAUUAUGAUUCAGAGUCCGGAGGUGAAUGUCUCUCCUCAAGUGAGGAUGAACAGGACAAGCCAGGUUCAAGAUCUUCCACCUCUAAGCCCAAUCCUCUUCUUAAAGAUGAAUGGGAAAAACCAAAGGGCGGUGUUGGUAACCAGAAAGACAGCCUACCAUUUCAGUAUGACCUCAAUGUUGAUAGAGCUCUUCCAGCAUUUCAGUAUGAUGAGCACAGUGAUAUAACCCGCCCGCUAAAGAACCGUGGCGAUUCAGGUUUUCAAGGCGAUCGUAAUAUCCGUGAAGACGUUGGUAGCCUUCCCAUGGAGCUUUCAUACCAACAAAGAGGCCCUGAUAGCAGGAACUUCACUGGUAGGGCAGACUUUCCCGGUGAUCGUAAUCCCAGCUAUGAAAUGCACAGAAGUGAGAUGCCAUUUAAAUACGAUGACAUGAAAGGGCCAACCUCACAAGGUGGCCCCAGGCACACCGACAGCCAAGUAAGGAAAAAUGAGCGCGACUUUGCUUUUCCGCUUGGUCAGGGCACACAAUUACUGGGCAAUCCCCGUGGUGACUUUGGCAUGCCGUCUAUUGGACCGUUAUCGGGUGACCGCAAUCUGCAAUCACAGAUGCACAGAGGUGGGGCAAUGUACAAUGACAGACAAGAGCCAAAUAUAGAUGGUGGUCCCUUGCGUUCCGACAGACAACUUAGGAACAACGACCGCGACUUCGCUCUUCAACAAAAUCAAAGUAUGGGUGACCAUGGUAUGCCAUCUCUGGGACCAUUGCGUCAACAACUAGAUCGGGAUGGCUUUAAGGGUCAAAAUAGGACAUCGAGCCAUCCUUUAAAUUUUCCUGGUGACCGCGAUCUGGGCUCUCAAACACGCAGAGAUGAUAGGACGGAGUUUCAGUACGAUGACAGACAAAGUCAGCUAGAAGGUGGUCCCAGGCAUACCGACAAGCAAGAAUGGAAAAAUGAACGUGACUUUACUUAUCGGCCUGAUCAAAGCAUGCGACCGCUGGACAACCCCCGUGGUGACUUUGACAUGCCAUCUAUGGGGUCGCUACGUCAACAAGGAAAUAGAGAUGGCUUGAUGGGUCAAAAUAAGACUCCGCUUUUUCCUGGUGACCAUGACCCCAGCUAUCCGAUGCGCAAAGACGAGAUGGCAUUCCAGCGUGAUGACAGGCGAGCGCCAACAUUACAAGGUGGCCCCAGAGAGUCCGAUAACCAAUUAAGGAUCAGUGACCGUGACUUUGCUUCUCGUCUUGAUCAAAGCAAACGCUUAUCGGGUGAUCUCCUCCGUGACCCUAUUAUGCCACCUAUUAGACCGUUGCUUCAACAAGUAGAUGAUGAUUUUGAGAGCAAAGGCCGGACAAAGGACCAUCCUCCAGGUUUUCUUGGUGACCACAAUCUCGGCACUCCAAUGCCCAAGGAUAGAAUGGGGCUCCGUUAUGAUGACAGACCAGGACCAAUGAUACAAGGCGGCCCCAGGCCUACUGACAGCCGAGUAAGAACCGAUGCCCGGGACUUUACUUUUCGGCGUAAUGAACUGGACGAUGCCCGUGGUGACCCCGAUAGGUCGUCUAUGGGACCAUUACAUCUACAAGUAGAUCGCGGUGACCUAAAGGGGCAAAAUAGAACACAAGGCAAUCUUCCGGGCUUUUCUGAAGACCGCUCACGAAUGCACAGAGAUGAGAAAGCAUUUCUGUACGAUGACAAAAGAGGGCCAACGUUACAAGGUGCUCCCAAAAACAGUGAUAUAACCCACCCGCUAAGGAAACAUGGCGAUUCAGGUUUUCAAGGCGAUCGUAAUAUCCGUGAAGACGUUGGUAGCCUUCCCCAAGUACGAAGCAAUGACCGUGACUUGGGUUUUAGGCAGGAUCAAAGCAAUCGAUCACUGGGUAAUAUUCAUAGUGAUUUUGACUUGCCAUCUGUGGGACCAUUCGAUCGUGAAGACUUUAAGGGUCAAAAUAAAACGCAGAGCCGUUCUCCAGGAUUCCCUGAUGACCCCGAUUUCCAAUCUCAAAUGCACCGAGGUGGGAUGUCCUUAGAGUAUGACGAUGAAAGACGAGCAAUGCCACAAGAUUCUGCUUUUCCACUCGACUUUCAAAGGGAAGAGCCCUCCCAGGAGCUCCAAGGAAGAACGCUGCAGGACGAUCUUCUAACUUUUCAAGAGCUAAAGAAAGCGCAUGAAACUGGUCUUGACUUAGCCUGGGGCGGAAUGGAUGAACAGGGUGUGGAGGAUGACAGUGACAUGGAAGUGCGCAGCAUGGACCUCAGUGACUGCGAUCCGGAUGAAAUCUUAUGCAAUGCGGAUCUGUUUGAAUUCUUGAAAACUUUCGAGGUUAAGGACUACGAAGACGAGCAGUUCGCUAUUAAAGUCAGAGAUUUCUUCACCAACGGUACCAUAAGAUACAAAAGCCACAAGGAAGAGGCUCUAAAAAAACGAAUCGCAGAGGCGAAGAAGUGUCUGGAAGAGGAAAAGCAGGCAUUUUUGGAGCUACAAAUAUCAAAAGAACGUCCAAAGAAAGAUCGUCCAAAGACUAAAGCCCCCAAAAAAGGUAAGGUUGCAGAAAUCUGGACUAAAUAUGGAUGAAAAUCACAAAUAUAUAUAUAUAAAAAAAAUGCAGGUAAAUAUGGAUGACAAACCAAAAAAAAAAAAGAACAGGUAAGGCUGUAGAUAUCCGGGCUAAAUGUGUAUAUCACACCACGUCUUCGAACUCAGUCUGUCCAAACCAAAGCUUGUGAUAUUUCCUCCCCCCACAUGCCCCUUCCCCUGACCUAUCUUUCGAGAGACGGCACAGAUAUCAGACCAAUUCUGCGCGCCAGGGUGUUGGGUGUAAUCCUGGACUCUCCUUUCAGCCCUACAUCUAAUCACUGUCCAAAUCAUGCUGC